GGUUAAUUCAUCCUGAAUAAAGAGCAGUGAGUGGAAUAGAGGAGAGCAGACACGGAGGCGCAGGGCACGGAUAGGGUUUCUCCCGAAUAAACUCAUGGUGAUUGCCCGGUGCGCACCGCGGUCGCUGCCCGGCGUCGUGUGUCUGUCCUUGGGGCACCAUGGGCGCAUAAGAUGCCUUCUCUGUGGAAACGGAUAACGUUCUCUGUGGCCUCGGUUCUCUGUAUCGGCUCUCUGGUCCUCUUGGUCGUGGCCCUAUCCACGGAGCGGUGGAUCACCGGGCGGAUCCUGUGUAAAACUGGGGCAGAAAUAGUGAACGCAUCCCACCCGGAGCUGGAGCAGUUCACCGGAGACAUUUACUACGGACUGUUCCAGGGAGGGAAGACCAAGAGGUGCGGACUGGGCAGGAGGCACUCCAAAAUCUACAUUUUUCCAAAGCUUGUGCGGACGUUGAAUGGCGGCCUUCACAUGAUGGUGAUCCUCUUCCUGCUGGUGGCUAUUGGCUUUGCCACUGUCAGUCUGUCCUUCUGUAUUUAUAAUGCUCGUAAGGUUCCUUACCAGAGCAUCAAAGGGCACAAAGGACUCUACCUGUGGAACUGCAUUGCUGCCUCUUUCGGGUCCCUGGGGGUGCUUUGUUUCCUGGCUGCUAUGAAGCACCAUAAUCUAACUGAGCGAGUGGCCAACUACGGGGAGAACCUCUUUGUCCUUGUCAUCUUGUCCGACAGCCUGGACAUGUCCUUCUGGCUCGGUGUGGCGAGCAUUGGGACUCAUUUCGCUGUCUGUGGAGUGGUCGCCAUGAGUCGCAUCAAACUGCCCAAACCUGAGAUCAAAAAACCUGAGGAGCCCACCAUCUCUGCCCUGGACAUGCUCUACUGAACAAUUCAGACAGCUUCACAGUAGCACUUAUUUUUGAUAUGGUCAGCCACUGAUGGACCAGGACAACACAGAUGUCGGACUGAUCCAACAGGCACUAUGACUACAGAGACUAUGUUUACUGUAGCUCAGAGUUGACACAGGAUUUUCCAACAUCAUAA